UUGUAACCUGCUCUCAUUUCUUUACACUACCCUUCUGAGUCUUUCUUUGUACUCGAGUAUCGGGAACAGCAUCGAGUAUGUUACCCAGGAUAUCAAAUGCGUUACGAGCAACACCGACUUCCGUGGCGUUGGGCAGGCGUAACGUCUCGUUGAAGAACAUCGUUUAUGGUUCGCCUGAGGCAAAGAAAGCUGGAGAAAUCGAGUCUCAACAGCAUUCGAAACUCGUUGCACGGAGGAAAUAUUUGCAUGUGUUCGAAUUCCACAGAGUCAAACCUGGCGCGUCGGAGGAGUACAAGGCAGCUGCAGAGAAGUAUUACACCGCAAUCAAAUCGGACCCCGAGUUACAUGUAAAACUGACCGGUGCUUGGGAGACGAUGAUCGGUGAAAAUGAUACUUUUGUACACAUCACUGAAUACGAGAAUCACGGCGGUUUUGACCGCUCGACUCGUCUUAUCAGAGAACGCGGUCACAUCAAAGCGUAUAAAAGCAUCCUACCAUUCUUGGUCUCAAGGUCAACGCAGAUCAAUCAGGAAUUUGCGUUCUUCCCAUCGUCCCCACCACGUGAACAAGGUGGUAUUUUCGAAUUGAGGAGCUAUCAAUUGAAGCCAGGAGCAUUACUGGAAUGGGAAAGUACAUGGCGGAUUGGUAUAGAAGCCAGGCGCAAGCUCGUCGCUCCAGUCGGAGCAUGGUUCUCGCGAAUUGGAAGGCUCCAUCAGGUUCAUCAUUUGUGGCAGUAUCCAGAUUUUCAGACUCGGAAUGACAUCCGGGAGAAGGCGUGGCAAUUGGAUGGAUGGAGCGACACCGUUCACAAGACUACGCAAUUGGCAAAAAUUAUGGACUCGACAAUUCUCCUUCCACUCUCAUACUCAUCACUUAAAUAAUUGCAUGUACGUACAGCCUGUCGUGGAACCUACGUUGUUUUCGGUUCGGAAGUGCGCUUUGUGCACAAUGACCCUGGUAGCAGGAAGGUCGGAAUCGGUG